GGCAAAAGGCGGUUUCUCCAGAGGUUUUUAAGUCUUUAUGACUGAUUAUGAAAAUCAGACAGAACACUAGAGGAGGUCCGUCUCUUCCCUGAGGGCUGGAUAUUCUUUUAUUCUGUGUUAUAUUUGUUGAAUACUGGUGCUGUGUAUCUAAAAGUUCGCAAGGGAGGAAGGAGAGGAAAAGAAGGGGGUGGGGGAGGCGGGCUUGUCGGCGGCUGCACAUGAAAUAUCGCCAUGUUGUUGGAGAGCACGGCUGUAAUUAUUGCUAGAGAGGGCAUCUCCCAGAAGCGCCGCUCGGGGAGUUUUUCAGCUCACUUCCCGGCUUCCCUUCCGACACGCUCCGAUACACUUCGGCAGUGCCCGGAGCGGCGGUGGGGGCAGUCCCGCCGCGAAGGACGGCGAGACGCGCACCUUCCUCCCCGCAGCGCCGGCCCGGCGGGCUCGGCCCGAGGCAGGGCGGGAUCGGGGUCUCUGCAGCCCGUACAUCCCCCGGCAGCGCCGCCCGCUUGGUUCCCUCUGCCGAAAGCGGGGGAGCGGGGCAGUCCAAACAGAUGAAACUCGCUAAGUUGCCCUCAGCAACCCAGGGGUUAAAUGCAGCCGGGGGGGACGAGGGGGACGGGGAGGGAAAUAAGGAAAGAAGAAAAAGAGAAAAUCUAGCCUGACUUUGCCUCUUGGAAAGCUUUAGGUUGCAGCCCUGCCUUCCAAGCAUUCUUUAAACUAGAAAUGUGGGAGGGACUCCAGGAGAGAGAGAGAGAGAUGGCUAUCAACUGAAUUCAUUACUGUAAACAUCUCCCUGGGGUGUCAGGCAGGGAGGAAAAAAAGGCACGACUUACAUUAGCAGGGAAUAGUGAGAUGUGAGGCAUCACUACUGCUAAGAUCAUCCUGCAAUCCCGGCUGGAGGCAGGCGCAGGACUUGGAGAGAGCCAGACACACGCUCACACAUAUACUCACAUACAUGUGUCCGAUGCCUUCUCCGACUUACCAGGGUCCUGGGUCGCUGUGCCUGCUCCUCAUGUGAUCCUUUCAUCAUUUCCAGAGGACAGAAAGAGGAAAAAAAAAAAAAAAAGGGCAAGCAACCAAAAAAAAAAAAAAAAACAGAAAGAAAGAAACCCCAAGACCAAGCGUAGCCGCGGUCUCCUCUCGUUUAUUUUUUUACCGGAGAAGGAGGAACGGCGGGGGAAAGAGAGAGCGAAUCGAGGAGAGAAAGUGCGUUGGGAAUGCCAGAGCCGUGGGCUGCGCGCCGGAGGAGGAGGUGGCGGAGCAGGGGGUAGGACGAUGCCGCCGCCUCGUAAGGGCGGAGGAAGGCGCGGGAGGCGCGGGGGUCGCUCGGAGCGGCGGCGGCCGGCGGGGAACGGGCCCGCGGGGCCGGCCGGGAGCGGCGCCGGGCGGAGGGCGGCGGCGGCCACCACCGAGGAGCGGCGGCGGCAAAGUUUUGGUGUGGGGGGCCAGAGGCGCGGAGGGGGAUUACGAUCGGUGCCGGCGAGGGAUUCCCAGACACCGCCAGGCAGACCAGAUCUGGCAGAUAGUGAAUAUGAGGACUUUGCUGACUUCGGAAAGCUGACAGAAGCCAGCAGACUUCAGUGAAAUACGCCUCCAAGCACAGAGACUUUUGGUAGAUUUAAAGUAACCUGUUGUUCAUUUGCAAAGACAUGGCUACUGGCUCUUUCAGCGCACAUGGAAGAAGGCAACAAACAUUGUAACCCUGGCUAAUAAGACUGACUGUGUUUUCCUUAUCAGAAGUAGGAGGUAGGCCAAUUAUAAAAGGAUUAUUUUAUGCUUAGCCUCCAGGACUUUAACUCUGGCCUGAACACUGGACAUAAAUAGAAGCCAAUUUUAAUGACCUGAGAUUUCGUUACCUGUGCAUUAUUAUUGUUAUCAGUUCUUAAACACUUUGCUACUUUAUUUCUUUAAAUUAGAAAUGGGUUUGUGGACUAAAAUGUGGCCCGCAGACUGGGCUCUUCUCAUGAAAUCAUGGCUUAUCUUUUCCCUGGGGCUCUACAUACAGGUCUCCAAAACUUUGGCCUGCCCGAAAGUUUGCCGCUGUGACCGAAACUUUGUCUACUGUAAUGAGCGAAGCUUGACCUCAGUGCCUCUUGGGAUACCGGAGGGUGUAACCGUCCUCUACCUCCAUAAUAACCAAAUUAAUAAUGCUGGAUUUCCUGCAGAGUUGCACAAUGUCCAGUCUGUGCACACAGUCUACCUGUACGGCAAUCAAUUGGAUGAAUUCCCCAUGAACCUGCCCAAGAAUGUCAGGGUUCUCCACCUGCAGGAAAACAACAUUCAGACCAUUUCACGUGCUGCUCUUGCUCAGCUUUUGAAGCUGGAAGAACUGCACCUGGAUGACAACUCCAUCUCCACUGUUGGUGUUGAGGAUGGAGCAUUCCAGGAAGCCAUCAGCCUCAAGCUUCUGUUCUUGUCCAAGAAUCACUUAAGCAGCGUGCCAGUAGGCCUUCCGCUGGACUUACAAGAACUCCGUGUAGAUGAAAACCGAAUUGCAGUCAUCUCAGACCUGGCCUUCCAGAACCUUACGAGUCUGGAGCGUCUGAUCGUGGAUGGCAAUCUCCUCACUAAUAAAGGCAUAGCUGAAGGCACUUUUAGCCACCUCUCCAAGCUCAAGGAAUUCUCAAUUGUUCGGAAUUCACUGACUUACCCUCCUCCUGAUCUUCCAGGUACACAUCUGCUAAGACUUUACUUGCAGGACAACCAGAUAACCCACAUACCACUUACAGCCUUUUCAAACCUCCGCAAACUGGAACGUCUUGAUAUUUCCAACAAUCAACUUCGGAUGUUGGCAAAGGGAGUAUUUGAUAAUCUCCAUAACCUGAGACAACUCACUGUAAGGAAUAAUCCCUGGUUAUGUGACUGCAGCAUUAAGUGGGUCACUGAAUGGCUCAAAUUUAUUCCUGCUUCCAUCAAUGUACGCGGUUUUAUGUGCCAAGGACCAGAGCAGGUCCGAGGUAUGGCAGUCAGGGAGCUCAAUAUGAAUAUGUUGUCAUGCCCCACCACCACCCCUGGUCUACCACUUAUCAUCACCCCAGUCCCAGCUACAACCAUGCCGACUACAUUAGGUCCUAGCCCAUCAUUUCCUCCCUCAAGCAGUAAAUACAAUCCUCUCACUCCCAUCAUAGCCACACUCCCCACUGUGCCUGACAGGGAGGACAGAGAAAGGGUGACACCUCCUUUGUCUGAAUGGAUUCAGCUCUCCAUCCAUUUUGUGAAUGACACUUGCAUCCAAGUCAACUGGAUGUCACUUUUUACCGUGAUGGCAUAUAAACUCACAUGGGUUAAAAUGGGCCAUAGUCUGGUAGGAGGAAUUGUUCAUGAACGAAUAAUUAGUGGUGAGAAGCAGCAAUCAAGCUUGGUAAAUCUGGAGCCCAAAUCCACUUACAGGAUUUGUUUGGUUCCACUGGAUACUUAUAACAACUACCGAACUGGAGAAGACACUGUCUGUUCAGAAGCCACAACUAAGGCUUCCUUUUUCAAUGGCAGCAACAUCCCUUCCAGCCAUGAGCAGACAACUUCUCAGAACCUAGGCUCCCCUUUUCUGCUGGCAGGGUUGAUUGGGGGUGCAGUGAUAUUUGUCCUCGUGGUCUUGCUCAGCAUUUUUUGCUGGCACAUGCACAAAAAAGGUCGUUACACCUCCCAGAAGUGGAAAUAUAACCGGGGCCGUCGGAAAGAUGACUACUGUGAGGCAGGGACCAAGAAGGACAACUCCAUCCUGGAGAUGACGGAAACCAGCUUCCAGAUUGUCUCCUUAAAUAAUGAUCAGCUCCUUAAAGGAGAUUUCAGACUGCAGCCCAUUUAUACCCCAAACGGGGGCAUUAACUACACAGACUGCCACAUCCCAAACAACAUGCGAUACUGCAACAGCAACGUCUCAGACCUGGAGCACUGUCAUACGUGAUAGUGAGGGACAUGGGGGUCUCUAGGACAAGGAGAAAAAACUCUAGAAAAAAUAAGCCCCCUAACAAUAAUGAAAAAAAAUUACAUUUGAUAAAUGUUACACAGAUGCAUUUAUGCAUUUGAAUACUCUGUAAUUUAUACGGUGUACUAUAUAAUGGGAUUUAAAAAAAAAAAGUGCUAUCUUUUCUAUUUCAAGUUAAUUGCAAAUGGUUUUGUAACUCUUUGCUUUUUAAAUCUUUAAAAAAUAUUGCUGAGUACUGUACAGGGUUGUACAAUAAGAACCCGAUGUCAUGGCAAAGGAAAGAAUGACUCAUUCUUCAAAUAUUAACCACUUUGCUGUCGAAGCAGUCUGAGGUAUGUUAAGUUUCUAGGUGUCCUGGAAUACAGGAAAAUAAGUGCAUAUUAAAACAGGGUCACUAGGAACAGACAAAAGCAAUUCAGAUAAAAUGGGCACAGCUCUUCUGACUUGAACCCAGCAACUGCUGUUGAGCUUCAAACAAUUGGAAAUACAUCCCUUCCUCUUUGUCAGGUCUGCACUUCUCACCUCCAACUGAAAGCUGGAGUUCUGAGCGCUGCCAAAAAAGCUAGUCUCUUGUUUGAUUAGUUUUCUUUCAAUCUGCUUGGAAUAGGAAACAUGGAAAGAACUCAGUGUCAAACUCAAAGUGACCUUGAUUCCUAUUUGCAAGAGUUGCUCAAAAAAUGUCCCCAGUACUAUAUACUUUAUCUCAGAAACUGUUUGUGCUUUUCAUCAGGAUUAAGAAGCUUUAGGCAUUCUCUGACCCUUCUCAGUGGGAGGUGAAGGUUAUGUACCAGUAUGUAACAGAGAGUUGUCAUUAAAUUGCACCUGUUAAUAGAGCAGCAUUUGUUGACAAAGCAUGUUCACAUAAAGCCAGAAUGAGGGAAAUUCUGAGUGCUUCCAGCUCUGCAGUAUUCAUGUAUGUGUUCAUGUGAUUUGAAAUCUAAAAGUGCAUAUUGCUGAAAACAUGGUGCAAAAUAUAAUGGCAAUGGAAAGGUUUUGCUAAUAAUUUGUGUGGUUCAAACCUUGUUUGACUUAAGGGCCUGAGUUAUGUUCAAUAUGGAGAAAUAGGGGAAAAAAUGACAAAAAGACAAGACAAACAAGAAAUAUAUUCUAAAAAAUUACUUAGUACUGGGAAGACCUUGAGGGCCAUUAUAAACUGAAAUGGGGGAAAUUAUGUACAAAUCUAUGUGGGUUUUGUUUGUUUUGUUUUUUUUCCUUCCCAAUUAAAGUAUACAGAGAAUGACCUUAGCUAAGCAUUCGAUUGACUGGGGAAUUUUGAGAGCACAGGUACACGGUGUCACUCUGAAUUACCUUUCUUUUACAUUAAGCAUUUUUGAGUUUUCCAUAAUUAUUUCGGCCUCACAAGCAGUAGCUGGGUUUGGAAUUUGCUUUGCUAUGCCCUCAGAUUCAUCUCAGUCCUUGAGCUUCAUAUGCAUUAUACAAAAUAUCAUGCUUGUAUUAAAACCAUAAUGCAGCUCUCAAAAUUAUGUAAUAUUUCAACCACUCUGCUAACUCAGUGACUGCCAAGAACUGUGGUGGAAUCUAAUUAUUUGGGGUUUUUUCAGUUUGCUUUUUUAUGUUUGGGGUUUUUUCAGUUUGCUUUUUUAAUGUAGCUAAUUUUCUCCUGGGGACAAGCUAAAGCUACAUCACAUUGGGAAAAAAAAAAAAACCAAAAACAAAAGAAAACAAUAUAGAGACAAAGCUUCCCUGAGGUAGUAGGGAAAGAGAGAAAGUUUUACAGUGGUCACCUAGGGAUAGACAAAAAUUUGCUGCAUAUGGAUUGGAAGUAAAAGCUGAAGCACUUUCACAAUGAAAUGCUUAGACUUUUCACUUUGUGGAGCUCCUUAUGCUGGAAGAAAGGAUUUUAAUCCUAUCCUUUGCUCAUUUCACUCAACCCAUUCUUGAAACUCAGCAGUCUAUGAGCAUGUAUUUUCUGUAAUUCAGAUCACAUGAUAACACUAAUUUUCUGCAAUGACAAAAUGAACCCAGUUAUGAUUGAUGGCAAAGUAUGACGAUUUUGUAAGGAACCACUUCCACCAGCACCUUUUAAAAUCACACUUUAAAAUUCCAGUCUAUAUUCUAUAUAUUAGCUAUUUUCUCCAGCUGUAGUGGGUAUUCUAAGCAACUUGUCUGGCUACUGUAAUAGUUAAGUCACUAAAAUUUUGCUGAUUAAAAGUUUACCAUAUGAUUUCAAAUAGCAUAAUUCUAGGUAGAAAUGUCUAUGCAAAGUGGAUGGGUUUUUUCUGUCAUCUAUUUACUGAUGAUAAGGUUUAUACUUUUGGGCUUUGGUUUUUGGUUUAGUGGUUUUUUGGGGUUUUUGUUUGUUUUGUUUUAACAUAUUUUAGAUGCCACAGCUCAAAAGACAAGCAGCAAACAGUUGUGCUUCUGUAUACUUCUGUUGAAUGCUGGAGUUUGCUUGAAGUUAAGCAGAGCCAGUGAUUCCCAUUGGGUGUGGACAUAGUAUCUCGUUUCAACGAAAUAACUGGUUGUACACUUGGUUUCAAAAGGCCUCCUUUGAAGGUACAAACUUACUAGUAUUUACUGAUGCAGGAGGAAUCUUCUGUUCUAGACCUCUGUAUACCUUAGGCACCUUAUUUGUAGCAAUUGACUUAUUCAGGGAGUUUGGCCUGUACUGCAGGUGAAUCAUCCACAAGCCCAACCUCAUGACAAGAAAUUUGGUUACUUAUAGAAUAGGGGGAAAACAGAAGACAUUUACAAACUGUUCAUUUUGAUCUUGAAUGAUGAAACAUAUAUAUGUAUGUGUAUAUAUAUAUAUGUAGACUAUGACUCACUUACCUAGAUCAAAAAUCAUAAUGAUAUUUAAAGAUAGCAUACUUUAUGCUUCUCUUCAGUAUGAAAAAAAAAAAAAUCAAAUUGUAUGUGAUACUGGCAAAAUUUUCUUUACUACAGAAGGGCUUCUGAAAAAACAUAGCUAAUGCCUUAUACCAAAAUCUGUGGAUAGAGCUGGGAAUAUUAUCUAAAAAAAUUCAGAGUUGUAGUCAACUGAAGAGUCAUAUCUGUAAUAUGAAGAAUGUUUCUCCCUAUUUAAUUGUUCCUAAAGACUUAAAUGUAUUUUAACCUACUACAGAAUUUGGGAUAUCUCAAAGUGUCAGCCACACAAACAUCUGAGGUAUAAUUUCGGUUCCCAUUUGGAUAAGCAGUGAGGAAAUUUCACUAGGUAAAGUAUGUAGAAAAAGUCAGAGUUAAAAAUGGACAAUAAUCUUUUGGCAAUAUAAAGUUUAAGACUAGUAGCUUUUUCCUGGGGCUAUGUAAAACUUGGGUGAUUUUCACUUAGGACAAAUAUCCGACCACAUAUAGUAACUAAAGGCUAUUGAGCAGAAGUGCCAAAUAUGUACAUGUACAACUCACUCAAAAUGUUCAUUUUUAAGUCCUGAGUUCAUUAGAUCUGGGGAUAUUUUUUUUUUCAGACAAAAUCUCACCCAUCUUCCAUUGUAUACUGCUAAUAGUUGACAUAGAUGUGCAGAAAGAUUGGUGAGUAGAAUAAAAUAAGCAUUUAAGUGAAAUUGUGUAAAAGAAAUAUCACGACACUGCUGUUCCCAGUACUUGGCUUCCUUCUGAAGACAUAUAUAUUUACAAACAGGUCCUUAUUUUCAUGGAUUCUGUCACUAUAAUAAGUGCUACUUGCAUGUGGCUUGCUGGCAGAAACAAACACCUGAUUAAUGCAUGUACUUUGUGUUAACAGGUUCCUAUUAGAACAUUAUUAGUGAAUUUCUUUAUAAGAAUAUUUAGGGAAUAAUCUACUGAAUAGAUACUAGCAGUUUUCCAUGUAACCCAGUAAAGGACUACAGUGAAUAUCAUGUAAAAAUUAAAAAAAUUGAAAAAUGAAAAAUGAAGUAGCAUGAUAUUUGCUACUAGAGUUGUUCAACUAUAUUUUUCUCUGAAUAAUUUUCUUUUUUCCAUGAAAACAAGUUUCUCCCUCUGAAAAAUUUAUUAAUUUCAAUUUUGCAAACAGAAAAACUUUAUGCAUAUUGAUAUUAUUGUUUUAAGGAUCUACAUAAGGCACUUUAUUAAUGGCAUUGAAGUGAAAAUUCAGUCUCAGCUUUUGACAGUAAAGUGGUUAAUUCCCAUUGAAUUCUACAUUUAUAGUACUUCUUCACCUUAAAUUUAACAUGGAGAUAUUAAAGGUUUUUUUUUCCUUUUGAACAUGAGAAUAAUGGUUUUACACAUGACUUAUCUUUACAGCUCAGUGGAAAAACAAAAAAAAAGUGAGUGCCAAAACCAAAAGUUACUGGCUCUGAACCUCAUCAAAUCCUGCCUAAUGCUCUCUUCUAAACACAGAGAUAAUCCUAGGAAGCUGAUGAUCACUCUUUCCCUGAACUCUAUUGAACAGGGCACUCUGUAUCCCAGAUGAUACUACAGGCAAUAUUGAAGCAUUUGGCAUUAAACUUUUGUACAGAAGAGAAUGUUUUGCUCUUUAAAAGGAUGCUGGCUAGUAGUCCAUAAGGAAAACUAGCACAGAAGAGAUUUGGCAACCUUUUAUUACACUGGGGCUAUGUGGAAAUGUGCCUCAUGAGAGCUGAAUUCUGAUCCUCUCAGAAACAGAUAAGCUACUAAACAAAUUGCUAUCACGAGUUGAUCCCAAAUAUCUGAAGAUGAUCUUUCAUAAAAUUGAUUUAAACUGAGAUAUGCACACUUGAUUCUGUUCUGUGUUUGGUAUACUUUCUAUGUUUAACAUGGAAAAAUAGAUGGUUUGAAGUCUGCGUUACCUGUUUUCUGCAAUCUGCCAUGUUGCACGCAUUGUUAACUUCAAAACCUCACUAUACACUAUAUAUUAUCUUGUUGACAUAUUCAGUAAAGAGUUAUUUAAAAAAUACAACAACUUUGCUGUAUUUAUAUUAGCAAGUAAUUAAAAUAAGAAUAUGGGUAUCUGAAAGGGACAAAAAAUAUCCAUCUUUUGUAGUUUCAUUCACGAAGAUAUUUUCAGAUGUUCUACUGAAACUUCUGUUCAAUCCUCUCUUCAGUUUCUAAAAGACAAAUAUUAUUUGUCUCGCAAAGAGUUAAAUAAUUUUUUACCUCAGUUUCUCAGAUUUAAUCUUAUCUUUAAAAAGUUGUCUCUUUCUAAUAUGCAUAUAGAAAAGCAAUGUACAAUGAGAACAGACUGUACUCCAGAGUUUGCAAUUAAUAGGUACACUUAAGGAGCUACACAUGUCAAUAACAAAUAUAUAUACGUGGAAGCUGUGACUCAUUAUAGCCAUUUGAUAAAUGCUUUUGACAUUUAUGACAUGACAAUCAUGAAUCUGUUUUUUAACUAUUUUUAUCUAUUUAAUCUGUUUCCUUGACAUGAAAUAUGACUUAUUUUCCAAUUCUCCCUUCAAAAUUGUUCUUGAAUUUUCAGAGUGCACAACAUUCAUACAUAAGCCUUAAUAAAUUUUUGUAUAAAGCAAAUCUUUUACAUAACAUAUAUGGUAAUAUAUACUAUCUAUAAAGAGAUGGUUUAGCUACUUAGAAAUGGAAAUUACCCCUCUUCUACUUCCAUAUACAAGAACUAAUUUUUUGCUUUACUAGAAAGUGAGAUGCUGAGUGCUUUGUUAUGUCAAAGCUUAGAAGUUUAAUAUUGCUGAGGGUCACAGUUCCUCAAGAAAUUAUCUUUCUUUCUUAACCCCAAGUAUCAUGUAAAACUACCGAGGGCUGGUGUGCAAUAUAUCCACACCCAGCCCUGCCUCUUUUCCCCUGUAAUAUGCCUCCCCUCAUUUGAUGUUUCUGCUGAAGCACAUUACACCCUGGUAACUAAACCUACUUGCCUUACCACAGGAGGAUGAAAAAUAGAGAUAAUGAGAAUCAUAAACACCUGCCAUCAGUUAUGCAUUUCUGAUAAUGAGGGAAUCAUAAUUUUCAAUUGAUAAUACUUUUCUGUCAAAAAAAAGGAGUUUACAGCCACUGACUUCAUCAGGUAAUCUUUUAAUAACCAAAAAUUAUUUAUUGUAGCAAAGAUAAAACUUUAUUUUUAGUACUUCUAAGCUCAGUUAUCUGGAAUUUUUCAUACAUGUGCAAUUGUGUAUAAAUUUCUUGUGUGCAGAGGGUUUACCUACAAAGAUCUCUCAAAGAAAGCACAUGGAGGAGUAUUUUUCAUUAUUGUUCAGUCAAAAUUUUUAAUAUUCCACUUUAAAAAGAGUUCUUCCAUUGAAGAAGAGUUAUGGUACCACAUGGAGCAACUGCAUUCCACCGUUAAAGUAGGUAACAAAUAUACUACCUGAAAUGCCACUGUCAACAAAGGCUGAAACUAAAAAUUGCUAAAAUACUUCCAUUACACGGAGAGAGACUUGGUGAAGCUUUUACCAAUAAUUUCCAUUCCUGAAACAAAUUAGCACAUUUUUAUGGUGAAAUCCUGACCCCACUGCCUUCAGCUAUAAAUCAUAAUAAUAUGUAACAGAAGGAUUAUUAAAAACAUGCAAUAUGGCACAUCACAUGUCAAACCAUGUAUCCCCAAAUGAAAUACAUCAACUGAAUAAGGGAGUAGGCCUACAUUUCUCUUAUGAAAAGCUGGGAAAUCUGUGAAAAAGACUGCACAGAAAAUGAGGGGGGAGCUAAGAGUGUUCUGAGCAACACUGGCCUGUAUGAAGCCAUGGAAGAUAAGGACAUUUAUAGCCACAAAUGGGCUGGUGAGCAUAGCAAAAGCAUUCUUUUUUCACAUAAACAUAUACUUUUUUUUGAUUACAACCUCAUAUUAUGGCUAAAUUGUGACUGAAAAAUGCAUGUAUGACUACUGAGAAAGAGAAAAGAAGAAAGAAAAGAAGAGAGAAUUUUGGUUUAACUAGGAAGUCAAACAAUUUAAAUGAGGGUUUUAUAAUCCUGACCUCAUAUAUCUUCACAAAUUGCUUUGGGCAUUCACAGGUCAGGAACCAAUAGAUAAUUCAUUGAUCUGACUUACAAUGCAAAUGUUAGGAACUUCUCCCCACUUAGGAAACAUAUUAAGAAAAAUUGAGAAUUGAUGUGAAGUCAAAUUCUGCAGUAUAUGCUGUGUGAACAAUGCAGGGCAUUAGCAUGGGUUUGUAAGUGAGGACUGCAGAAGCAAGGCAUGCAUAGAAAAAUAAAGAAGUAGAAACCUGAGUAAAGGGAAAUAUUCCACAUUAUUGCAGUUAUUUUAAUAGUAUACAGUUAAGUACUUUUGGCAAUUAAAUAAAGGGCUCAUAAAAGUAUUGAAGAUUGUCGUAUCUCCUGUCCCUUGGAGGAUACAUUCCAUUUCCAGUUCACAAGAAAUUUGAUUGGACAGCUUUUUACUUACAUCAUUCUUGAAGGUUAGUUUUGAAGCCAAUGUUUUUUUUUUAAAUUGGUCACGAUGUUUAUUUGAGGUCUUUGCAUGCAAAAAUUUAUUUUAUCAGCUAUGAAGAGUUUGAGGAAUAGUUUAUGUGCAAUACUUGCUUUCAUGAGAAGCAAGUAGCAAGUAUAUGUCUAGAACUUUCUUAUUUUGUUUUGGCUUUCAUUUUUGUAGUUUAACUUUACAAAAAUUAAGCAAAUUUGAAGAACAAAUUUCAACUAUUUUCUGGUGUAAUUACAGCAGUAGGACUGUGUAUUCUUUAUAGAAGAAGGCAAAAUUCAAGAAUACUGAGUUAACAAAAUUAAAUAAUUUUGAUAACAACUUUCAGUUGAAUUAAUAGUUUUUCAACAUUAGUUACAAUAGUCUUGCUGAGAAUUUAAGCUAGAAACACUGAGUAACAAUGAGUAAACUCAGGUUUGUGGUCACAGGAACUUUGGGUUCAUAGGUUCAGUUUUACAGAUUACUAUUAGCAGCUGCACAAAGAGAAGGGAACAAAGGCUUCUUCUUCCUUAAAGUAUCAGUUUCCUAUCUGUAGAGAUUGAGGAGGAAAUGCAGCUACUUCACAGAGCUCUCCCUCAAGAAACAAGGUGGCCAGAACAGAAGGAAAGUACAUGCAGUCAUGGCAUUUCUCUUUGAUGACUACAGAUGCUGGCAGAAGUAGAGCUGAAUCAUAUUAUGAGGGGUGCAGCAAAUUACAGGUGUUCUGCAUUAUUAUAUAGGACAUCUGGUUUCUCCAGAACCCUACUAAGGUGCCUUCACUGAGGUUCAUGCUCUUGGAGGGCUUGUGUCAAAAGGUAAUACCUGUGCCCAUAAAAUCAAGGAAGGAUCUGGGUUUUAGUUUGUUUUUUGCAUCUUUCUUUACUCUUUCCUGUAAGUUCUGGAGUGCCAGCUACACCACAAUGUCCAAGAAGGAGUGUGCAACAAGGCAGCUUUGAAAGGUCACUUUUUUGAUGACUCCUUUUAUCAAUGAAAUAUUAGUAAGGUUCUUGCAGGCAAGAUUCCAACCCACAGUAGAUGUGAUCAUUGUGUUAGCCAUCAGAUCAGGCACUGCUUUCAGUUCAGAUGUCUAAUAAUUUUCUCCCUUAUUUCUUGUCACAUUAAUUCUUAAUACCUGAAACUAAGCAGUUUGUACUCUUGCUUAUUUGUCACAACACAAGGAAAAGGUUUCUGCAAAACUAUUAUACCUGAAAACUGUGAUGAUUAUUCAGCAAAGCUAAGCUACAGAAAUGCUGCCAAUACAGCAAACAAUUUGUCAUGAAAUCACAUCUACUGUGAUAUCAAUUCAGUUUAUAUCCAGAUUAUGAAAAAUCCAGAGGCACCUAUCUCACAAUUUCUGUUGCUUUUGCCUCAUUUCCUUUACGUUGCAUUAACCUUCUCUAGCAUGAUUGGUUUAGAGGACAGAUUGCUGCUUGAUGCCUCAUAUGGUUAUCUGACUUAUUGGUGUUUACAUGUAAGAUUCAUUCAAGAAAAACUAAGCUCUUUUCUGAUUUUUUGUAUCUUUGGGCUUCUCUAAUAGUAAUUUACUUGUAGCUGUCCCUGCACUAUUGGUUUCUCAUCAUUUUACACAUACAUUUACACCACCAUUUUACACAUACACAAAACACACACACACAUAAACAUAUGCACAAACACUAUAUUUAUACAUUUUUAUGUUUAUGUAUAUUCAAAUACUCACGUAUAUAAAUAUAUAGGUAUAUGGAAUGCAUAUCUGUAGUACAGUUAUGGAUUGAGCUAUGCUGAGUCCAUUAUUGACCUUUUGCUCUGGAUUUUUGCAUCAAUACUGUUCCACCUUAGCUUGUUCAAGAGAGUAAAGAGGUAGAGUAGCGUGAUUUUUUUUUUAAAAAACUGUAAUGUCAGUAUUAGUAAAAGCAUGUUUUUCAACAAUUUAUGUGCUUUGACAGCAUAUGCACAAAAAACUUGAAAAUUACAGAGAAGAUUAUCACAGCUCCUGGAAACAGAUAGUGUGCACCUUUUGGAAUACUCUUUGGACAGCACAAAGCACAUGUGAGGAAUCAGUUUCCAGCAGGACUGUUCUGUGUGGUCACUAACUAAAGUGCAGACAGAGGAGAAUGUGAGAGAAGGCAGUAUGAAACUGAAACCCAGUAUGAACAAGAAGGGAAAAAUUCAGAUAUUUCUACAUCAUUAGCAUAUACUGUUGACUUUCUAUGUACUUUUUUUCUCUGUGGUCUGUAUUUCUUUCCCUGUAUUUGACAGUUUUUCCGUGUCAUAGGAGUUAUCUUUUAAUGAACUCUUCAUCUGCUUCAUGAAGAACCUGAUUUUUUUACAGGAUUUUUGUGGAAUGCCCCAAAUGAUCACUUCUGUUGUACAUGAGCAAAUACAUUUGUGUGUAGCAGCUCAAAGGGAGUUUUCAUUGCCACUCAUCCUCCUCAAGUCAUUAAUCUAACUGUUUGAAAAAGAUCUUUCUGAGAUGAGCCAUGCAGCCAGUGUGCUAUUACAGGAAAACUUUGAAAUUUGCUGGCUAAUAUUGUUUUAGUGUUUUACUUUGCAGUAAUAGUAAAUGAACUGAUGUAAGUAGAGAAGUUUCACCUAGUUUAUCAAGUUCCACUAACAGACUACUCUGAACAUCGAAGGUCUUUUAGUAUUUGGAGCAAGGGUGGAGACAGACAGAUAGAUUUGAAAGACAGAAAUCCUCUAAACAAAAAUUACUUUUAAAUAAAUAUGGGCCAAAAUAUAAGAGUUCUGUUCAGACCCAGGGUACCAAACAAUUGUGGCAAAUAUAGAGAUGCAAAAAUUUCUUCUAUUUUUUCUUUAUUUGUGGGAUUCAAUUAGGGUUUCUGCUUAUUUUAAGUGACUAAAUUAGUACACCAUUAGAAAAUCUUUGCCUGGGUUGAGAAAAGUUCUUUGUUUCAUAAAUUUUCCAUUAAAAAUCUGAAUUUUCUUUUCCCAUUUUCUUUCCCAAAGAAACUAGUGUCUCCUAUGUGGCAAUGAAUUUGGAAAGCUGCGUUCUUGUCAAUUAAAAUAUCACAGACAUUCCUCCACCUCAAGCCUUAAUAAUCCAGCAAACAGUUGGAUCGGGGCGGGGGGGCGGGGCGGGGUGGAAUUUAAAAAUGUUUGAAAGACUGAUGUUAAUUUGAAGUAGUAAAGAAAUUUGCUGUCCAAUUAAUCCUUUCUUUGCAUUAAUUCUAAAAAAUGACAUUAACUUAUUUAAAUUUAGAUUUAAAUAGCUGAUAAAGGAUAAGUGAAAUAACCAUAGCAAAUAACAAAAUUAUGAGUAAAAGACAAACAGCAUUAGUUUAGAGCAGAGUUUGAUAUGACUGAAACAGUAUGAAUUUCCUCAAGGUAAAAUUUACUGCUUGCUGUGAAAUGCAGCUCUAUUUUCUAAUGAACACUGUGACCUUCAAAACUUUUUGAUCAGGAUAUUUCUCAUAAUUAUUCAAAAAUUGUGUUUCAGAAGUCAUCCUGCAGAAAGAUCUUUUAGCCAUGCUAAAUACUCUGAUGUUUUAACUGCUCCCCACCCUGACAGGUCUUUGGUAAUGCUCUGUUGGAUUUGCUUGCAGGUUUUUUCCUUUUGUUUUUCCUGAUUGACUACCCUGACUGGAGCCAAUCACAUGAAGUAUAUACCAUUUUUCCAUGUGUAGGUUUUUUUCAGGGCAGCUGGACAAGAGGGAAGAGACAAAUCAGGGCAGAUCCUUUCACUCCUCUGAUGGUGACUGUUAGAAACGUAAAUUAAACUGACAAAAGCGAAAGAUUUUAUAACUUAUGGCAAAUUCAAGGCCUAUGCUAAAGGCUCUAGUUUUGCAUAUUAUAUAAGAAUUUAUAUUAAUAUUUUUAAUAGAGUAUCAACAUCCUUAAAGAGUAUUUGGAUCCGUUUCUUGUUAAAAAAGAUUAACAAAAUGUAAAUUGCAUGGGAAUUUAAAAGGACAGGAAUAAUCUGGAUCCUGUUACAGUUUUCUUCAAAGGGACUUAUUCUACGAGUUUCACAUUUUUAAAUGAAUUCUGAAGUAUAUCUUUUUAGCAAAAAACUUAAAAAACCACUGUCAGAUUAGAAUACUUGUUGUAGAAGGACCUCUAGGUCAGUUAUGAUUUCUUCUGUAGGUCCACGGAUAAAUUUCUAAUCUUCAGUGUCAUCUAGUGCACUGGAAAGGCAAAUUCUGACACUAAAAUGCUAAUGAUCCUGAACCUGCAUACUUGUUGAUUCUUCUUUAUAAUGGGAAAAAUGAUACAUCCUGUACUAAACUGGAGAUAAGCACUGGGUAAAAGCUAGGCAUUUUUUUAUUUCACAAUAUGCUGCUGAAAACCAGUAAAUUUGCCUAGAGGCAUGUUAAUAGAACACAAGAAGCUGCUUUACUAUUUUGAGAGUUUUCCUUAAUAUAUGGACUCCACAGGAACUCAAAAACAACAUAGAAAAUAUAAUGGAAUUAUACCAUCAAGGUAUCCAUAGUUCUGCUUAAAAACAUGAUAGGUAAAAAAAUAAACAAUGUUUGUACAUAAAGCCAGGACUUCAUUAUUAAUAUAACUUAAAAGUUUAAUCAGCAGGCCAGCCAACAUCUAAUUAUAACAGAAAAUUAAGAAAAUAAACAGCAUAAAGAAAGGAUACCACCAUUUCAAAAAAAGCCCCAAACCAAAUUAAAAAAAGCAAAACAACCCUCAAUAACAGUACAGUUAGACGUGUGUCACACAUUUCCUAGCUGCUAAUGGUUUUGUUGAACCUUUCACUCUCCUUUGGGAUCCUUCUACCUGUCAUGGUACUAUGUAAAAAUCACCAGCACCCAAACUAUUUCACAGGGAAGAAUAUGAUGAAAUUCUUGCUUUCUUCUUCAUUUUAGGAUUUGCUGGGGUAUUUGUUUCUUUUUUUAAUGGUCUUUCACACAUUGUUUCUCUUCAUUGCUGUGCAAGUCCACAGUACAUUCAUAUGUACUACAUAUGAUGCACUUGUCAUAUUCUCAUACCCCAAUUUUGUUCAGGUCUGCAUUUCUUUAACCAGCUGUUGAUGAGCUGUUCAUAGCCAUGGGAUCUCUGGUGCCAGGCUGUGACUCUGCUCUUAUUCCACACCACAAUUCCUCUGUACUGCUUGCUUCGCUUCCUAUUCUCAAGGGUUCCACCAACACACCAGCCUUGUAAUUCUCUACAUUGCUUCAUUGCAUAAGGCUCUCAAAUAUCUCAUUUUAUAGAGAACAACUGCUUUUUACAAUUAUACAUGAAACUGGUUAUACCAUAGGAAGACAAGCCAUAUUAAAACAAAUUAAAAUCCAGUUAUGAGGGAAAAAUACUGUUACAGGUAAACUAGGUCAAAGCAAAGUUGCAGGCAGACCAAGAAAAAGUCAUACAAAGUAAGCUUGACAAGCCAUAGUGCUGAGGCCUCAUAAACUCAGUACAGAUCCUGUGGCCCAUUUCUAGCAAUAGAAAUACUGUAAUAAUGAGCUACAGGCUAGGACACAUAGUGCACACGUUAAAAAUGCUGUAAUAAAGCCACUGUACAUUCUCUGUACCCUAGUUUAGAGACUAGUACCUGUAAGAUUGUAAGAAAAUCUACUAAAUAUUAGAAAGCAUUAUCCUAGCUGUAGGAGUACCUAUACAUUUGCUUUAAGAGUUUUAAAAUCACAAAAGGGUGGAUAAAAAAUUUGGCUUGCUUUUUGUUUUCUACUACUUUUGCUCUACUAUUUAAGGUUUAUGGUUUAGCCUAAACAAAAACUUCUGAAAAAAAAAAAUGUAUUGUGGAAAUCCAUGACAAAGUAAUAGUUUCUGCUGUGAUUCUGCAACCUUAACUUAGAUAGCAAAAAUUUGUUUCUGAGAAGUCUUUACAAGCUGUCAAUUCCACUUUAGAAGACACACACUAUCCUUCUCAGUGUGAUGGUUGGCUUCUCUGAUGAGAUUAUUUUUCUUAUAAGAUUUUCCUAAAGUCUUAUUCUCAUGCUCUGGCUUAUUUUUAUUUUCUGAGCAGAUUCUGAAUCUUUAACCUUACCAACAUUUAAGUAAUUGAUCAAUUCUCAUAUUGAGAUAUUGCUCUCUAAGUUAAAAAUGUAGGGAAUUGUUGCUUAAUCUGAAGUGGAUAUCUAUUCCAUAUCCCUCAAUACCUCUCUAAGAAACAUACAUUUAUGUGGCUAUAUGUUACAUGGUGUUUGCUUGUUCAUCUAAAGAGAUAUGGAUCAGAAACCUGGCUUAAAGUUAAAUGCAUUAUUAGAUAGAUAUUAAAGGGAUAUCAUAUUCAAACGAGAUGCUUUGGUCUAUUUAAUAGGGCAUCUUUCAUACUUUUAUUACUUAAAUAGAAUCCUUAGUAGGCUUCCCAAAAAUGUUCUGAUUUCUUAUUUUCUUGUUUUUUGAAAGGCAGUCGUUCUGUUACCUCUUUCUUGUUUGGUGAACAUCUAAUUAUAUCUUGUCUGUCUUACAGAAUAAUGUGUCUACUUGAUGCAUUUGUAAUUUUGUAAUUGGAUGAUAGACUUUGUUCUAAUUUAUUUAAAGGUUAUCAGAUGGUUAAAUCAACUUGCCUUUACAAAAAUAAAAUCGUCCUCUCUUAAAUGAGGAAAACCCA